CACUGGCAUCAAAACCCAGUAUCAAAUUUCUCCACUCCAGGGACCAAUAAGAACAUUUCCCAACCCCACGUUUUCCAACAAGGCAGUGAUAACUUUGGAGCCAGUCAAAUCGGCCGGUGCAAAGAUGCACAGAUGACUCUGGUGAAGAGGAGGAUCUCUUCCAUCUCCAUCUAACCCCCCAGCUGCUCUCAAACAGGAUGGUGGACAACAGAUAUCUGCUUCGCGCAACAUUGUUCUUUUCAUGUUUGAUUUUAUCCAAGUCUCAAAACGCCAGCGACGCGGGACUGUUGUGCGUCAGGUCAGCUGCUGCCGACGGACAGACGAGCGUCACCUUCAUGCGCCAAUGGAGCUCCGGUGCGCGCGCCGUCUACCUCACCAGGUGGUCCCAAGACACCACAUUGCUAGGUUGUGACAUUUACUCCGACCCAAGCGUGGUGGAGAGUUACAGCGCUCUGUGUAAAACACAACAACACCCUCAGGAUCAAGAGGUUUUCACAAGGUUUGACGUUCAUGCAGUGCUGGCUCCAAACGCACCGUGCGUGCUGGUUCCCCCAAAGUUUUCUGCACCGCCAAGAGGAGAUGGGACGGUGCGGAAAACUCGGAGGAAGCGCUCCUGGCUGUUUCCUGGCACGCUGUGGUGUGGCACUGGCAGCAGGGCGCGAGGAUACGAUCAGUUAGGCAUGUUCGAGCGCGCAGAUGUUUGCUGCCGUGAGCAUGACCACUGUCAGCACAGCAUCCCGGCUCUCAGCGUGAGUUACGGAGUCUUCAACCACCACUUCUUCACUGUUUCGCACUGCAACUGUGACCAGAGGUUUCGGCAGUGCCUCAAGCGUAUGAAUGACAGCGUCUCUAGCAUGAUUGGCUACACGUUCUUUAGCGUCCUGCAGGUUCCCUGCUUUGAGCUCCAGCAUGUGAAGAGGUGCACAGAGAUGUACUGGUGGGGAAUGUGCAAAAGAGCCAAAGAAGCGCCAUACGCGGUCUUCCAAAAACCCCGUCCUUUCGACAAAUCUGAUAGUCAACACAAACAUACACAUGUUGGCAUUACAAGCAGUGAAGAGCAGCAUUUGACUAAAAUCAAAAGGGUUGGGUCAGAGAGGAAAUCAUCUAAGGCAAAACCUAGAUGCGAGCCUCGAGAUCCCCCUAGAGGAGAUACCUUCUACCGCCGAAGGAAAACAGGGAAAAGAUGCAGGACGCAGAAGAAUCUUGAAGAAGUAUCAUCCUUACAAGAAUCCACAGAGUCGGGAGCACCCACCAGAUCUAUGCCCAAAAAAAAUGGUCCAUCUAAAAGGAAAACACAUAGGUUGAAGAAAGAAAGCCGUGCUAUGAAGAAGAGUCGGAGAAAAGACUUAAAUGGCCUGACACCAAACUCCAACCUGAAUGCAUCCUUUACAACACCUUCAACUGCUACUCCUUUAACCCAGCAACUGAAGUUUAAUGUAAACUCAACAAUCACAGUCAAAAACACAACCAAGUCCCUCAAAAGUCAGAAAGAAAAUCGAAAGCCAUGUCAAUGUGAACCCAGGAGAACUGUUAUUUUACAGCAACAAUGUAAAAUAUGUUCAAAACAGAAGAUCAAAACUAAAACGACUGUGAACAAAAAAGUGUCUGCAAUGGAGCAGAAAGGUCAUAAAAGCAUGUCUCUGAUAAAUACAACAGCGUCUCCCUCUCAGAAGGCUUCAUCCUCUCAGUGGACUCCCGUUACUCAUGGAUUGCUGGUCUCUGCAAAGUUUAGAACAACUCCUGCUCAGGAAAAUGAAGCACAGCAAGAGCAGCUCGAUCCCCAUCUAAGGUGGAGCAACUCAAGCCAAGGCCUCUUAGAGAUAUUUCCAGAUGUUACGAAACAAACUCAGAAAAGCGUGGACGAAAACAGUGUACUUCAAAAAGAAAAUCAUCUCAAGUGUGAAAGCCUCAAGCAUCUGGAUGAUUGUAAAUUUAAAAUAUCUCCUCUUCAGGGGAAACAUAAUCUGCAUAAUAAGGACUUCAAGACUGUUUACCACUGCGACUGCACCAGCCGUUUGGCUGCACAAAUCAAAAGCUUCGAACAGCCCAGUUAUCUGUCAUCUGUCUUGGUGGAUUUUGUUUCUCAUCAAUGCUUUACUCUGCCAAAGCAGAAGAAGUGCCCUCGUGAAAAAAGAUGUUCUGGAGGCUUCAUAAAAGCCUUUGACCUACUUGAAGCACUUAAGAAGGCAGAAGAAAAAAGCAAAGCUGAAAUGGGAUUUUCAGCCAGUGAAAGAAAAAGAAGGAUUCCUGUUCGCCUUUACAAGCGAUGCAUGAGACUACAGAAGGAGUUUGAAAAAAUGUCAAAGCUCAGAUGAUUAAUGACUCCACCACUGUCUAUUGCUGUUAUGAAUUAAGAAAGAAGUUGGAUUUGAGAUUUAGAUGAAAGACCUUUCAUCAAAUAAUUCAAUAUCAAUAAUUCAUGAACACCUAAAGAAAUAAAAUCAUGAUAUGCA